GUGGACGAAGACUGGAAGUAUGUUGCAAUGGUGCUGGACCGAUUAUUCUUGCUGCUCUUCUCAGUUGCCUGUUUUUCGGGUACCAUCACCAUACUUCUUCAGGCGCCAACACUCUACGACACUCGACAGGCCAUAGAUUUGCAGUAUCGGCCAGUGAACAUAACGUGAUACUGAUAUAA